GUCGAGCGUAACGUUAGACGUGGAUUUGAACAGCGCGCGUUCCGUGGAAUCGCGGGAGCAUCAUGGCAAGUGUGGACGAAGUGAUUCUUCGUCUGUCUGGCGAGAUGAAGGACACGCUGGCAAACCUGGAACCCAUCAUUCCCUUUGACGUGCUCUCCGCGGACAAUCAGCUUCAUGAUGACGAUUGCCUCGGGGUGAUGAUGGAGCAGUUCUCGACCAAUUUGCCAGAGCUCGUCACCCGCAUGAAGCAAAUGGUGACUCUCAUGGAAACGAACACAAAGAUGUACGAUUCUCUCAAGGUGACGUCGAGUUCGAUGAGCAAUCAGACCGAUUCCACGUCGGACGACGAAGACGACGAUAGCGCAGGUGGGGGGGUGGAUUCGCGCCAAAGUUUGUGGUUGAAUGACACGGACCGCCCAAGUACCUUCACGGCAAAGGAUAGCAGUGCGUUCCACUUUCGCGAAAGCGUAAACCGUUCGUCGUCAUGGCGGGCGAAUGUGUUUGACACGACCACUGCUUCAUUCCACCCUCGUUCUACUUCGACCACAGUUUCUUCACACGAUGACCUUCCUGGCAAAGAGCGGCAAUCGUUCAGAUUCAGCGAGAGUUUCAAGAAACCAGCCACCGUUCCACGAAGUCGUCAAGGAAAGCCCAUGGCGUCCCGCAUCCGUCUGGACAUCGUGCCCCCAGCAGGCAUACCCGUACCGUCGGAGCAACCUAGGCAAUCAUCGCAUCACCAUCGACAUGACUAUUCCGUCAAGUGGACACACGGAGACUUGGGCAUUUCAUUGAACAAUUUCACCAAGGAUCGCCGCGGGUUUCAGAUCUCAAGCUUGGAACAGUCUGCCCAGUGCUUCACCACAGGUAUUGGCAAUGCUCGAUUAGGCGAUAUGUUGGUGUUCAUCAACCACCACGACGUGGAGCUGUUGCCUUGCGACCAAGUCAAGGACAUCUUGUUGACUGCGCCUCGGCCGAUGGAGCUGUUCUUCCGAUCGAACCCCAAGAUUGUCACGUCUCCAACUUCGGCCGAACAGUUCCGCGACAACCAGCGCGUGUUUGAAGAAGGUGACGUGGCGCCGCAUCUAAAGCUACCAGAAGCGCCCAUGCACUGCACCACAGACGUGACCGAGUCCGUGUACAACGACGAGCUCGAGGACUGGCUGCGGCGCCAAGACGAAAUGCACAGCGCGCUGGUGUUGCUGCUCACGGAAACCCUCCUGCAAUGCGAGUCGUUGAAGGCAGACAACUUUGACGAGCUGCAACGCAUGAUGGAGCGCGCGAUCGUGCAACGGCGGCGCGCGUCGUCGGCGGCCGUGGUCUAUCGAGGUCUGGUGAAUCCACCUCUUGGGCUCGACCAUAGUACAUAAACCAACGCAUUACCAGUCGAACCCACACUUGUUUAUUAAUUCCAAUGAAAAAGAGAAUCCCUGGAAUCAUAUCCAUAGCCUGUAGGCUUCGUUGUUGUUGUCGGUGUAUAUUGAGGGGGGCGGGGGUCUCUACCACGAACUGCCCGUGCCAGACUUGGGCUUGACGAACGAAGCGUAGUCCCACUUGGUGUCGACGGCAAACGGCUCGGACAACACCGUGCCCUGCGCAUUCACGCGCGCAAUGACAAUUCGGUUGAUCGUGCGGCAAUCGCGGUAGUAGCACACCUUCAUGACCUUCUCCAAAAGCUGACGCGCUUGGUCUUCGGUCAAAUCCGCGUGCCACUCGUUGCGCAAGAUGGGGGUCGCCAAGUGAUGCCCAAAGCCCGUAGCAAGGAAGUCUCCUGUGAACGCACAUCCGAUCAAUGUGACUUGGCCGAGGAACGGCUCGUUUUUGUCCAUGCCGGCAAUCAAGAGCGUGUUCCACAAGGGGUCGAACUUGUUGCGGCGGUGAUACAAUACACGCUGCAAGUAGUGGUAGAUUUCGGGGGCAGUCAAAUCGCACUUGUCGUCGAGGUUAAAGUCAGUCACAGCCAUCGCGUCCAGGUGGUCCGUGAGGAACUGGAAGUCGCUCAGCUCUCCGCCGGCACCGACCAACGUCGAGUUGUGCACCGACACGAUGCGUCUGUUGUCCGUAAAGCGAGCAAGGGAUCCGUACGAACCCAAAGUAUCUGCCGCCAUGAGAACUCCGCCGCGGUACUUGACGGCAAUUACGGACGUGCCCGUCACGAUGGGGGAUUGUGUUCGUUGCGCCAUGGUAAGAUCGGCUUGGGCUUCUUUCUCGCAAUAAUGAC